CGGGCUGUUUAUCCUCUGCAAACCGGUGAAACCCAGGAAGAAUCCGAGAAGCACACAGGGGAAAAGAGAGCGAGGCAGAGAGAGGGGGGCUGAACCAGAAAAGAGGGGGGCAACUCGAUCAACACCGUACUGACAGCACAACAGCAGAAGCCUAGCGGAAAAAGAAGGGACGUUCUGUCAUCCUGGUGCUAGAGCAGCUUACGCUGUAAGAAUAUCCCCAUCGCUCUCUAUUUACUGACAUUCUCUCAUGUACCGGGCCGACGGGGGAAGGUACAGCGACUGUCCCAGGCCUAGUUAAAUGUCCCAGCAUCCCGCAGGAGCUCCGACCAGGCCACUGCGACAUUAACUGUGAAAGCAGGACAAGACAGGGCAGAGGAGAUCUGUGCGGUGAAUCUGGGUCCAAAUCCCUCAAGCCCCAACGUUCCCUCCCGGGAACCCCCGUCUCUCUGAAACACUUCCCGGUUGACCUUCGCACCUCCAUGGAAGAGAAGUUCAAAGAAAUUGCAGAGGAGCUGUUCACGCGCAGCAUGGCAGAAAGUGAGAUGCGCAGCGCCCCCUAUGAGUUCCCAGAAGACAGCCCCAUCGAGCAGCUGGAGGAGCGCCGGCACCGACUCGAGCGGCAGAUCAGCCAGGACAUCAAGCUUGAGCCCGAAAUCUUGCUCCGCGCCAAACAGGACUUCAUGAAAAUCGACAGUGCCGCAGAUUUCGAGUUAAUGAAGGAGAAAAGUGUUGAUGCCGUUGACAAUGGCAUUAAGGAGCGGGAACUGCCGAUGGAGAGAGAGUAUCAGCGGGUUUCAAUAUCCGGAGAGGAAAAAUGCGGGGUGCCCUUCACUGACCUGGUUGACGCUGCCAAGUGUGUGGUGAAGGCUUUGUUCAUUCGAGAGAAGUACAUCACCAGAUCGCUGCAGUCCUUUUGCAAGACCACGGCUCACGCCUUGGAGGACCUUGGCUUGAAGCCACUGGACUUGAGAAUCUAUGACAAAUUCCCCGAGACCCCCGUCGAUGCUGAUGCCCCCGUCCACCCACCUGUUUCUGAGACGCACCCUUAUGAGAAUCUGGACCCCAAAAUUCUUCCUUCCGAUACGGAAUAUAGCUGCAAGAUGGUAGAUGGAGUAAUGCAUGUUUAUACCAAGAACACGACAGAGAAAAGUACACUAUUAGACCUGCCAUAUCCUGACCUGAAAGAAUAUAUUGCAGAUAUGAACGUAAUGAUGGCCCUCAUCAUUAAUGGCCCUGUGAAAUCAUUUUGCUACCGGCGCCUCCAGUACCUAAGCUCCAAAUAUCAAAUGCACAUCCUCCUAAAUGAGAUGAAGGAGCUGGCGGCCCAGAAGAAAGUUCCUCAUAGAGACUUUUACAACAUACGCAAAGUCGACACACACAUACAUGCGUCGUCCUGUAUGAACCAAAAACACCUGCUGCGCUUCAUCAAGAGGGCCAUGAAAAAAUACCCCGAGGAGAUUGUACAUAUUGAGCGCGGCCGGGGUCAAACCCUCAAGGAGGUGUUCGAGACCAUGAACCUGACGGCCUUCGACCUGAGCGUGGACACGCUUGACAUGCAUGCGGACCGUAACACGUUCCAUCGCUUUGACAAAUUCAAUGCCAAAUACAACCCCAUCGGAGAGUCCAUCCUCCGAGAGAUCUUCAUCAAGACUGACAAUUGCGUUGAGGGGAAAUACUUUGCACACAUAGUCAAGGAGGUUAUGUACGAUCUUGAGGAGAGCAAAUACCAGAACGCAGAGCUGCGGCUGUCCAUCUACGGUCGCUCUAGAGAUGAAUGGACCAAGCUGGCCCAGUGGGCCGUCAAACAUCGGGUGUAUUCGGAUAAUGUGCGCUGGCUUGUCCAGGUGCCCCGACUUUUUGAUGUGUAUCACACAAAGAAGCAACUGGCUAAUUUCCAGGAGAUGCUGGAGAACAUCUUCCUGCCUCUAUUUGAAGCCACCAUCAACCCCCAAAAUCAUCCUGAGCUGCAUCUCUUCCUGGAGCACGUGGUGGGCUUCGACAGCGUGGAUGAUGAGUCCAAACCUGAGCACCACAUUUUCAAUCUGGAUAGUCCUCUGCCAGCCAAUUGGAGAGACGAGGACAACCCGCCCUACUCCUACUACCUCUAUUACACCUACGCCAACAUGACCGUGCUCAAUCACUUGCGCAGGAGGCGAGGCUUUCAUACGUUUGUACUGCGACCUCACUGUGGGGAGGCGGGGCCAAUCCAUCACCUGGUGUCAGGUUUCAUGCUAUCUGAGAACAUCUCCCAUGGGCUGCUGCUCAGAAAGGCUCCCGUGCUGCAGUAUUUGUACUACCUGGCCCAGAUCGGCAUCGCCAUGUCCCCUCUUAGCAACAACAGCCUGUUCCUAAGCUACCACCGCAAUCCGCUGCCAGAGUACCUGUCAAGAGGCCUCAUGGUGUCCCUGUCCACGGACGAUCCCCUCCAGUUCCACUUCACCAAGGAGCCUCUCAUGGAGGAGUACAGCAUCGCCACUCAGGUGUGGAAGCUGAGCUCCUGCGACAUGUGCGAGCUGGCAAGAAACAGUGUUCUCAUGAGUGGCUUUUCACACAAGGCCAAAAGCUACUGGUUGGGCCCCAACUAUUACAAAGAGGGCCCCGAGAGCAACGACAUCCGCCGCAGCAACCUCCCCGACAUCCGGGUGGCGUACCGCAGCGAGACUCUCACCGAGGAGCUGCAGCUCAUUACGCACGCUGUGCGCACUGAGGAGCUGGAGACCAUCAGCGAGGAGGACACGCUGAGCAUGGGCCCUCUGCCCGAGUGCUGCUAAAGCACACCGAGCGUCAGCCAUGUCACCUGACACCCGAGGUCAUCGUAAGGAACUAGUCCCGCCUGCACACUUCCAAACCUCACACACAUUAUCAGCAGCCGGCGUUAGGAAGGUCAGCUGGGCAUCCAUCCAUUUUUGCAUCCAUCCAUCCAUCCAUCCAUCCAUCCAUCCAUCCAUCUAUGUGUACUCACUGUGAUGCACCGUAGGCCGAAUCUUCAUUGUUCUUGAUGAAUAUCAAAAAUUGCACAAGCAAAUGUUUGCGGCUCAAAGCACAGCGACAAGCACGAUUAUUAUUCCUUCACGCUUCUGUCAGAACAUUCCACUGAGAGAAAGAGAAUGAAGGCGUUCUUGUGGGACCUCAACCGUAAAUCAAAUGUACGUCCCAGCAUUACCUCACUGUGGCCAUGAAGAAUGCUUCCUCCACACUUUAUUGGCCUGAAAGUUUGUUUUCAAAAUUAACAUGAUUGUUCCUUUGCAUGCAUCGCACUGUACAUAUGCACCAAAUGUUCACAGUGCCUUGUUCAUUCUUUUUCACGCAGCAUUACCUGCAUCUAGAAUUGGUUGUUCAAAUGAAUGGAACUGAAGUCACCUGGCGGCAUGCACCUGAUUUAGGGAUUUUUUUUUUUUUUUUUUUUUUUGCAUGCCUGCAUGAGGCAUGUGAGGCAGCAUGCCCACCAACCAGCUAUAGAAUUAGCAUAGAAAUAGGCUACCAUUCAAAGAGUUUGGGCUCACUUGGAACAUAUUUUGUAUAGAAACAACCUGUGACAACAUACAAUGUCAAAAACUGUUUAAAAUGCGUGUGCUGUAUCAACAAAAGCAUAUCGCUCGCCAUGACGUCCGCUAGCCAGAGGCUGAGCUGCGCUGUAUUUGUUUACGGAGUAAACUAGCGGCUAAGCUGAUGAGUUAAUGUUCCAUGUGGGAACUUGGUACACCUUUAUACAGUAGUGGGAAAAUCCAACUAAGAAUACAUGUCAUGGUUUUACCAUGUCCCCAAAAAAGUGUUCUAGUAUUGAUAUUUCAAAGUGACACCCAAACUGUUGAAUUGUAUAUUUUGUUUUUCUAUUAGCCCAUUGACCAUGCUAGGUCGUGGUCCAGACUGUUGCUUGGCUCUUGUAGCAAUUCAAACUUGACAUGUUACAUCUGAAAUACUUGUGCAUCAACUAAAGAAUCACCUAUAACCUUACAUUGAUAAAUAAUCUCAUUCAGGCCACCAAGCAUUUUAUAUGAAGGAUUCAAUACAAAGUGCAGUGGUGCCUUGAGAUACGUAUGAGUGACUCGAGUCACUUAACAGUAGUUGUGAAACUCUUCUUCGUGUCUGGCUGUCUAUUACACUGUGCCCUGGUGGCCAAGUGCACAUGUACGCCAGAAGGAAUUAAUCUUUUUGUGUAACUGUUAUUACUGCAUGGGUUUAUAAAGUACAAUAUUAUGGAGUACUAUCUACUAUCUGAGUUUUUUUUUUUUUUAGGGGGCUGAAACACUUUCAUUUAAAUAUGGAAAGGUGAUUUGAAACAUAAAAAUUUCGAGUUGCAAGCAUGAAACAAAGUCAACAUGUAUAUCAAGGCACCACUGUGCAGUGUUCCCCCAUGUUGCGGAGGUUCGGGACCAAGCCCUGACCUGCAAGUAUUUGAUGUUGCUGCUACAAAUGAAAUAUAAUUGCCUGUAGAUGUCACAAAUUGCUGACCAAGCACUACUUUUCUAUUACACUAUAUCCUGGCUUGACUUUAAUAAAGAUAACCUCAUUACAACACAGUACCUUGGCACCAAGAUGACAUAAAAUCAAUAUGUUUAGGUUGGACAUCACACAAAAAUGUCAAACAGGUGACUGUUUCAGCAGAUAGAAAGAUGGGAUGAAUUUGCGUGAGAACACUGUAUACUGAAAUUUCAAAAUAGUGGCCUCUACUCUAAUUGACACCAAGCUUGAAUGCUUCAAUAAACAAGCACAUCACUGAACACAGCAAAUUACAGUAAUGAAAUACCCCCCAGACAGUAUUAAUCAAAAUGGAUCAUUAUUGUCUUCACAGGGACAAAACUUUCAAUGUAGCCCUUUGUAGAUUGUGCAAGUGUACCUGAAGAUGUUGCCUAUUCUCUUCAUUUCCCCCCAUUUUGUCAUUUAGUUGCUACGCUAAGCUAAGGAGGUGCACCGCAGAUAUGCUGCAAAGUAUGAGACUGUUGACCUUAUUAUACAAAGUGUAUUUUUAAAAGCGUGUAUUAGUGAUUUUUGUACUCGUGUUAAUCUGAUUCUGUUAAUGUUUAACAUAAUUAUGAUGCUGCUUGGCCAUUGUGGAGGCGGGUCAUUAUUGCUUAACUCAUUCUUUUAUUGCUUGUUUGAUUAAAAAUAAUCUCUUAAGGCACUGGUGGGGAAUCACAGCAUUACACCAAUAAAAUAGAAAUAAUGCAAAAUUAUUUUUAAACUAUAUUCUGACUCAUAUAAGAGGUUUUAUUUGGUGGUAUCUCAUGUAGUUUUGGUUGACUUGAAAACAAUAGUUGGUUUGCCAGUAUUUGGCGACAUAGAUGGUCCAAAUUUGUGUUACGUAUUAGGUGUCGUGUAGCAACAAUUAAUAAUUGCACACGCUCUGACCUUCAUGUUAAUAUCAACUCUCAAGUAGUAUCUUUGGCUACAACACGUGUCGUUUUUUUCAGCCCAGGGGGAAACCUUAAUGUGACCCAUGCCUAAACAAUCUAUCUUUCCAUUGUUUACCACAAUCUAACCAGCAGUUUCCCCAUUUCAUUGUCAGUGUCCACAUUUAAAAAAAUAUAUAAAUUCUGAACGUAAUGUCAAAUUUUAAUUUGGUUGAUUGUCUGAUGUUAAUUUUCAGAUUAAUGUAGCUCGUCCUACCUCACAAUGCCUAAUCCUGUAGUUAUUAAUAUUACAUUUUAUCUUAUUACACAAAUGAAUGGCAUCUUUUAAAAGUAUUCAAAUGUUAAAUCCGAGUAGUUUCUAUCAUUUUCUUUGUUCAAAUUCCUUAGUUAUUGCUGCCUACUGUCGGUCUGUAGUGAGAUUAUCAGCACACAAUAUAUUCACAAGAAGAAAGCUAACAUGUCUGAGCAGUUCAAAUAAAGCACGAUUCUUCAUCACCUA